GCAUUUUCUACUCUGCCUUUUUCUUUUGUUUUGUUGUAUAUUUUCAUUGCAUUUUCUACUUUACUUUGGCUUUUCUGCGAUGUUUUUCCACGACGCGCCGCAACGUGGGGAUGCAAAAGAACACAGGUAGACGCCGCAGAGAGUCGGCCAGAGUCAGCAUGCGAUGUUAACUGAACUGAGCCGAAUAAGCAACCGGCGACUUUGUUGGUGUGCGCGCGGACAGAUUCGAUUCGACUUUUCAGCCGUUCAGAUCGUUGGCACGGAAGAAAAUUCAACAGAAACAGUUUGUGGUUUGGGGGAGAGCAAAUUGGUGUAUGAUUCUUCUUGGGUUUAUCGAGCUGCGUGUGGGCUGUUUUGGGAAAAAAAUUUUAGUACAUCUAUAAAACAUCACGAAAAAGUGUGUUUAAAUUUAGAAGAAAAAAAAAAUAAUGUCACAACGAGCAAAUCAGUGAAACGAAAGGGAGGGUAGUGGAAUGAGAAAAAUUUUGUAGAAGUGGGUGAUGAAGGAUUAAAGCUGAAAUGAGCGAAGAAUUGCGCGACUGGGGGGAAUUCGAUCAGAACGGAUGCUAAAUAUCUCGAUUAAAUAAAAGUGAAAAAGUAAAUAUUACAUUAAGUGAUUUGAGUGCUAAAAAGUGAAUUUGUGUGGAGUUGAAAAUAGUAGAAAUUGUAUGAAAAAUAAACCAAAGUGAAGCUUAAAUAAAUUAAAUGGAAUAAAAAAUUAAAAAAAAAUUUAGACUCAACUCUAACGACUUUUCAAAAAUCAUUAUAAUUUCGAAAAAAUUUAACCAAACCAAAAAUUGUGCCAGUGAAAAUUGCGCGCCGUUUGCAAAAAACGGUCCGUAGUGAUAAAAUAUCAAAUAAAUUAUCGGCUCAUUAACAUCUGCGCAGUUAAAGUGAAUUUCGUGAAAAAAAAUAUUUGCAUAUAUACUUAUAUAUUUAUUUAUAUUUUGUGCGCAUGUUAUUAAUAUUUAUAUUGUGGAAAAAUGCAUCCGAACGCCAGACAACCGGUUCGUGCGCUUGACAAUUGCAAUUAGCUGGUGUAUGCCCAUAAACUUACAAAAACAACAAAAAGUCAUUUACAAAAUAAACAACAAUAAAUGAUAAAAAUUCAACGUUUUCAAAUGUCAUGAAAUACACGAAGGAAAACAAAUAAAAUUGUAUGCGAAGUGAAGCGAGCGAAAUGUAAGCAACGCAAAUCCACAGAAAUCGAAAAAUUAAUUAUUUAAAAGAGAGAAAGAAAACAAGAAGUAGUUUUAACCUUGAAAGCGUUAUUUGCAAUAAUUUUUUCUCUGUUAAACUGCAUAUUAAUUAAGUAAAUCAUCACAAAAGAUUAACAUAUUACAUAGUGUCUACGAAAUUUGUAUUCGCCAGCGAUUUGUUGACAACAAGCGAGAGUGGAGCAGUUGGGGAAAAUAUUUGAAAAAUCACAAACACAACAAGUUAAUGAGCGCAACCCUCCGAGCGACACAAACAACAACACGGCCAAAGUGGACAUUUUAAUCCGCGCACGGGUAUUAAUGUGUAUUAGGAGCACAGAGACGAGUUGAGCAAAAUGAAUCGUUUACGCACGCAAAAAUUCAAAGUAAAUGCGGAAAAUACCAGCAACAACAAUAACAACAUCAACAAUGAGAAUAACAAUGGUGGCGGCAGCAAUAACAACAAUGUGAGUGGUUUACUACCAACGAGCAGUCUGCUCAAUAAGCUAACGAAGCGUUACUCCACGCUCAGCCAUCGCAUUACACGGCGUCACCAUGCUGGCCGCAAAGGCAGUUCGCCACAGAAAGUCGCCUCAGGCAGUUACGAUAUGACCGGCGCGCAUUCAGAUGAUCAUCGCUUGGAAAUCGGUGCACCGGUGCUGAUAUCCACUACAACACUGGAUGCGGAUCGCUUUGAUGUGAGUGAGGAGCGCCUACGUCAGAUUGGUGGUGGCAUCGCGGCCACGAGCACUAUGGUGCGUACGAUUAAUGUGCACUCUUCGCCACAAAUGCCGUCGUCGGGAAGUGAGACGGAGGUCUAUGCCGAUGCCUUGAGUACACCGCCAGUCGUCGAUGAACCAGCUGAACCGGCUGGUGUUGAAGAGGAGGAGCAGUACGAGCUGGCAUCGGCGGGCACACCAAAAAUCGCAGCCGAACCAGCAGUGUCAGAGGCUGAUCUCAAUGCGCGUCUUUUAUUGAAAUUACCUAUAUUUCCUGUGCCAGAGAUGGACACGCAAAAUGUGUCAUCCACAACCACAUCGGCCGAAUCACCGGCAAGCAGUGUGGAACAGCGCACUGUUGCUGCGGCUGCCAUUGAAAAGGUGUUGUCACCAUGCAAACCGCGCGUACCGACGCCACCACCCAAAUUGCGUCGUCGUCAACACUCGAAAUCGGCGCAGAAUCUACAUCGUGCCGAGAUGAAGAUCUUUCUCGAGAAGACGCCAUCCAUGACUUUGGAUAUGAGUUUGACGACAGCAGAUCUCGAUAACUGUCGCGACUUACCACGCUUACCGGAACUCUUCGGCGUCAGCAAGUGUAGUCUUGCGCCCAGCGAUUACGAGGAAAAUGACGCAGAUAAGGAGAACUCAUCUCCAUCAGUGGAGUUGUCACCGCCACAAUGUAAAAGUGAUCCGAAUACACCCAUGUGCGCGGAGCAAAAAGUGUGUGGCUAUUUGUCGCAACAGCUGCACUUCAAGAGCGUCGACUCAUUGGAUAUGCGUAACACGAAUGGCAAGCGGCGCAGUGUUGUCUUCUCCAGCAACACUUCGAUCAAUCAGCAUGGCUCCAAGAACAGUCUGACGAGCCACGCCAGCACCAUUGAAGAGUUCGAUUUGAAGUCUGUGAGCUGCCAAAGCCUGAAUGCGCAAAGUCUGUUUGUCUCAAUUGACGAACUCAACGAAAUUACGCGUCAAAUUAACGAGUCCGAGGAGUUCAAUGAGGAUAUCGAUUUAGAGUAUUGCCAACACCGUGACAACCUAAAGCCCAGCGAACGUCGUAUUACGCUUUUGAAGAAUAAGAACUCGCGUCUUAUCAAUUUUAAUAAUAAUAAAGAGAAGUUUAAAAAGGGUUGGCAUGGCGUAAAGCACUGGAUUGGCGAGGAGAGCACCAAGUUGAAGGAAGUGGUGCAGAAGCAGGCGAAUUUGCAACGUGUCGCCACCUCUAAGCUCAGUCUGAACAACUCCGAGUGCCGUCAGUCGCCAUCUGUGCACGGUAGUGUGAUGUUGCGUGGUGGUGAAAGUCGUGUGGGCCUCCCGGUGCUGCGAGACAGUGACACCAGUGUCGUCAGUAUAAAUCUGCAGCAGUCACAAGGUGCCACGUCUGCGUUUGUGAGCACUGAUGAUUUGGUGGAUGGCAGUGGUGUUGGAGAUGUCAGUGGUAAUACAGAGAAUGAGGAAGACUUGGAGUCGUCAUUUACGCAAAGACCGGCUGAUGAGACACCAACCGUCGCGAAAUUAUUGGAGGGCCAAAAUGGCUUCGAAGAAUUGCGACGCUAUGUGAAACAAGGGGGUGACUUCGGAAAGGAGCUCGUAAUGAUACUACAAGAAAGAGUUGAGUCUGAGACCUUAUACUCAAAAUCUCUCUCGAAAAUGGCCAACAAAUUGAACAAAGCCUGUCGUGAACUGCCCGGCAGCAUAGCCGAUGCUUGGCGUGGUGUUGCUACCGAAAUGGAGAAUCGCAGUGACAUCCAUCGCCAGUUGUCGGCAUCGCUCACAGAUGAAAUUGUCAAACCACUCAAGAAUAUAAUCGAUGCACAUCACAAAACCCGGAAGUCGGUUGAGAGCAAUGUGGAUAAGGCCGCACGCACACUAGCCGAGUGGCGCGUCAGCGAGUCCAAAGCCAAGAAAUCUUCACACACUGCGGCACGCGAAAAUGAGAAACUACAGGAUGCACUGCUGGAUGUGCGAAUACAGAAAUCACCAUCCAUAGCACUACUACACCAAGGCCCCAAUAAGCUAGCAGCCGAGAAGGAAAUCAGAUCCGCUGAAAAGGAUUGCGCCAAAUUGGAUAGCAAACGCAAGAAGGCCGAGGAGGCGGUCAAACGCGCCGAUGUCGAAUACUAUACGCUCUGCAUACGCGCCGAACGCGCACGCGUCGACUGGGAGAUGGCCGUGUUGCGCGGCUCCUCACUGCUGCAGAAUAUCGAAAAUCAGCGUUUGGUUAAUAUGAAGAAUUUCAUUGCCAACUACUCGCGUCUCACAUCAAAUAUGAACCCCAUUUUGGAUGGUUUAAUGCAACGUCUGCAACCGCAAGUCGACGCCUGCAAUGUGCUGAAAGAUAUGCAGGUGGUCAAGAAUAUACGCCGCAAUUCUGAGGGUCCCAGCGAACAAUUGCUGCCGGACUUCUAUUGUGAACACACCACAUUGGCUAUGAAUCGAGAGCGACGCAAGCAUGCGCUUAUCAAGCUGUUGCAGUUGGUCAAGGCGGAUUUGGAACGUGAGCGUCGCUCGCGCAAUGGACUAAAGGGACUUUCGCAGUCGCUGAACAAUCAGGAGAAUCAAAAUAUCACCGACAAGUUGUAUCAUAUACGAUCGAUGCUGACCUAUUUGGAAGGGGCACGCUUCAAAUUGCAUUCAGCACUAUUGGAAUUGGAUCACAAGCCCAGAUCGUCACAUCCACUAGCACAACAUAUACAGGUGACACGCGAUCGCACCGGCCUACAACAGAGCGUACUCAAGGUACCACUCUGGCUGAAGAACAACGAUCGCAUGAGUCAGGACGACAGCGCAUCGGUGCAGGAGAACGAAUACGAGUGCGUGAAUCAAACGAACAGCAACAUCUCGAAUGCCAGCUGUACCGAUCUCAGCAAGAAUAAUCUAAUACACAAGUUCAGUCGCAGCAAGAGCAACAUUGAGACGCUCAGCAAUAAGACACAGCUGUGCAUUGCCAGCAUUGAUAAGACAAAGACCAUACCAGCGCAUAGUGACAAUGAUCCCUACAGUGAUCGUGGUCAAGCCGAUGGCGGUUCGAAUCAACAGGAUUCAGAUUUCGAUGAAUUCAGCUCACAGGAUGAUGAUGAUGAGCAGACGACAACCACCAGCAGUACGGGACGCAAAGAACACAAAGCGAUUAUCGAGAAGAGCACAAUGCUGGCGAACGGCACGGCCACGGUCAUGUCUAAUGGUGCGGCGACGCCUACAAUCUACCAAAAUGCGGCAGAGCUACAUAAUGGACAAAGUAAUGGUGGUGCACCGGUUAUACUGAGCCGCUGUAAGGCAUUAUACUGUUAUACACCGAAAUUGUACGACGAGCUGGAGCUGACGCCGGGCGAUAUCAUUGAGGUGCACGCCAAGCAGGAGGACGGCUGGUGGCUGGGCGCUCUGGGCAAUCAUGUAGGCAUCUUCCCGGCGACUUAUGUGGAGGAGUUCGCUUGAAGGGUGUAAUCUAAGCAGUUGUUAACAUAGGUUUAAAGCAAAGUGUGCGGUGGCAGCAAGUUGUGUGUGGUCUAAACGUACGUAGCAGAAGAGUUUAUAUGAAAGUGUAAGAGAUUGUGGAGAGGCGGAUUUUUCAGUAUGCGUAAUCGACGCAGUGAGUGCAGUUCAGCUGUAAAACGCCAACCGUAUAAAACGCCUUAACAUUAACAGCAACUUGUCUUCCCUACGACUGCCAAAUAGGGUUUCAUAAGCACAGCCCUAAAGUUAUGAACAAAUCUUCAAGAGUAUAGCUUGACACUCUCAAAUUAGUACUAGGCAACAACAGCGAGUUGUUUGUGCAGCAAAAUCUCUUUUGAGUGGAGCAGAAAUUAUAUAAAAACAAUAGCAAUAACAUUGAAGCCAUUAUUCAACUGGCAUGCGAGCUAACGAAUCUGAUUCGUCAUUAAUUUAUAAAAAAAAAUGUGUUUUUUAAAAAGUAAUUUUAACAUUUAAUUUUAAUGCAGCCUCUAAGUUGUUAAAUUGAUUUACCUAUGUAUCGCUUAAUAUUAUGUAUUUAUAUUCGUCGAAGUGUAUAAUUUACUCGUAAACACUCACAACAAUAAUAUUACAACAACAAUUCAAAGCGCAUGAAUACACGCAACAUAGCUGCUAAUGAAGUGUUAGUAGUCUUACAACAACAAAACAUUGAUUGCUUAAUGAAGUCAUUUAUAUUGCAACAACAUAUUAUGUUUAUAUUAUAUUAUUAGUAAUAUUAAUAUUUACUUCAUGUAUAUUUACUUACUUUUAGUUUUUAGCAAUAAAAAAUGUAUUGUUUGAAAUUUACGAAA